CAAAAAGUUUUCAGGAAGUCUGGGGGAGGGGCGAUGCUGUUUCUUUUUUGUUAUAAUGGGCCCCUUUGUGGAGAUGGAGGAGGAGAAGCGCUCUGUGUGCCGGCGAGGCGCAGGCUCCCCGCUGCCUGCCAAGGUAACUCGCCAGGGCUCCUAAAAGCGGCGGGGCCCCGCGGUGCGGGGAAGGGAGUGGGUGCUGCGGCAUGGAGCUGAUGGUGCUGCUCAAUGCCCUGGUCACUCGCCUGCUCUUCGUGUUGCACUCGCUCAUCGGGGUUUGGAGAGUGACCGCCGUGAAGAAGGAACCCAAGUACUGGCUGCUGGCACUGCUCAAUCUUCUCCUGUGCCUGGAGACAGGGCUCACCCUCAAGUUUAAGCAAGGCAGAGGCUACAAAUGGUUUUCACCAGCAAUAUUUUUAUAUCUGAUUUGCAUAGUACCAUCACUAUGGCUACUAGAAAUUCAUCAUGGGACUCAGUACUGUGGCAAUGAGCCUGGGGCUGUUCAGGUCAAUGUCAGCAAUCAAGACUUCAAUCAAUCCAGAGAGAGCAUUCAUGGAAGUGAGGGAACAGAUCAUCACAUCAUUCAGACGGCUAAAGUCUUUGUAAAUCAGCUCUCCACAAUCUGUGAGACUGUAUGGACACUGGCCCUCCACCAGACUUUUCUACUGCUGCUAGUAGUUGGGAGAUGGCUUCUCCCCAUCGGAGUUGAAAUCACCCGGGAUCAAUUGUCUCAGCUGCUUCUCAUGUUUGUGGGAACAGCAGCAGAUAUACUUGAAUUUGCUAGUGAGACCUUGGACAUUGAGGAUGUUCGGAAGAAUUACGCUCUCAUAAACGCAAUUCUUGCUGUAUGGACCUGGAGUAUGUUACAGUUUCCACUUGAUCUUGCAGUACAGCAUAUUGGCUGCAAACCAAGCACAUCGGCCAGGCGGAUCCCCAGCCUGCUGCUGUGCAGGUACAGUGCGGAACUCUGGAACAUUGGCGUCAGCCUUUUUAUACAGGAUGGCCCCUUCUUCAUUGUGCGUUCAAUUCUCAUGGGCCACUUCAGAAUAUUCAAUCAGAUGCUGGUGUUUUUUACAGCUAAGAAUAUCUUAGUUGUGACUCUGCAGCUGUAUCGGCUGGCAGUGAUAACCUUAGACUUCCGUACCACCGUUCUGCAGAAGAGCAGGAAAGGAGAAGUCUGUUGCUGCCCAUGUGAGCCUUAUGAAGCUCGUGCUCAUGCUACUGGUCGCCAAGAGAAUGAAAUGAAAGAGUUUGUUGCUGUUCCUCCAAAAGAGGAAUCCCAAGCUCCAUCAGAAGAUCACUGAGCAGUUACUGACUUGGAAGAAGUUGCAUUUCCCACAGCUUCUUCAGAAGGGCUUUGUCAGUUUCUGUGAUCAAAUACAUCUUGAGUGCCUAAGUCAUCUUUUCCAUCAAGAGAACAUUCAUUUCUUCUAAAUUGUAGGGGAACUUUUCUCAAGCAAAUUCUUAGCAAUGGGACCUUUUUAAAAUCCAUUUGUAUGGUGGGUUUUGACUAGUUCCAUAUUAUAUCAUUCACAGGGAUUUUGUAGCCAUAGUUUGUAGUAUCAAGAAAGGCUGGGAGCACUAACAAGAUUGGUUGUUACCAUUGGUGGCACUGUGCUGACCUAUGUACUUGCAUGAAUUCAAGUGGAAGGACAAGCCUGUCCUUCAUAGGAAGCACAAAAGCAUUGAGCUCUACUAGAAUGGUAGGGCUAUGACUACAGGGUGAUGAACAAUAUAUUUGCCAUGUACAGAAGGAGCUUCAGCAGCAACUGUGCAGGCAUGUUAGUGCUGUUACUGUCACAUGAGAACAUUGUUCAUUCCAGGAAUAUAAGGAAACCUUCAGAUGUUACCUCAUCUUUGGCUGGAUUCAGUUAAGAACUAUGCAACACCAUGAAACUACAUACAAAAGACUCUUAUGACCUGCCUGGUCUGAAUAACCUAAACCUUAACAAAAAGAAAAAUCUGUCUCCCAAAUCACUAGAAGCCAACUGCAUUUGCUACAGGCAUUUUCUACAGAGUUGCUUGCCUUUCUGUUUCUACCAGUUAGAACAUACACACAACACACAUGGACAAAACCUCACCAAAAUAUUUGUAAAUACUUUUUUCUUCUUGAUUUUACAGUUGAGACAGUUUUUUAAAUGUCUCCAUUUUGUAUGAUUUUUAAGAGUGGCCUGACCCAGACAUAGCCUCUCUCUAGAAAGAAGAUGGCACUGCUGCUGAAGGCAAUCUAAGCCAAAGGAUUCAGGCAUGCACUUCAUGUUUCAUAAAGCACCACAAGGUCCCAUGAAAUAACCUGAGAGAUUGUCUGGUCUGGUGAGUAUCAAGAUCCAAUUUUAAGAAAUGGCUAAUAAUUAAGACUCUACUACUUUCACAUUUGGAGUGAACAAUAUGGGCCCCAAUUUCUCCCAAGAGCACAUUUGAGAUCAGUGUAAGAUCAUUUCCUCAAUUUAGCUUAGAGAAGCUGAAGGUAAGAUAAGUGACUUUUGAAAGUCUGCCUAAAAACUGUAUUUUCACAGGAAAUGGCAGGUGCUUUUACAGAUUUCUGCAUCCAUUCUGAAAGAAAGCAGAAAAGCGUAUAGAGUGACCUAAUUAAGGUAAUUUUCCAUAUUAAAACACCAAAUUAAGCCUUAUUUUCUAAAGCCUCAGCUAUCUGAAAACCAGGGUCUGGUUUCAGGAAUGAAUGGAAGUGUUUCUGCCAUCAUUGUAGCAGUCAUAUACUUAUAUAACCACAGCCUGAUAAACAAUGAUACAUUUAUUCUUUGAAAGAGGAACCCGUUUAAAAAGCCCAAACACCAAAGAUGUGAACAUGUGUUUAUACUUGUGAGUUCUUACUGUUCUGUGCAGGAUAAGACCCUUCCAUUAAGAAGGAAGAAAAUGCACAGCCACAAGGAAGUAUCACAUGCUUCAUAGCCCUGUCUACCAUUUAUAUAGUAGUAAUAAUGUGCAACACCUCCUUCUCUGCUUAUUUUCAGCCUUUUUCCAGCAACAGUUUUAAAAAGUCAAUCCCUACUUGCCAUGGUGUUGUGAGGUAGACAUAUGGAAAAUGGAAUGUAGCUUCAUUUUGGAUUUUAAUUCAAGUCUAGAGGUAAAAAAGUGACAGUUCUGAUGAUGAUCUGUGCUGUCUAAAACCUUUCACACUGGGAUGAAUUUAGAAUCACUUGGUAGAACCAUAAGACAGCUCUUCCUUGUGGAUGCAAGCCGGAACUACUCAUAUUCAUUUUGAGUUUACCACUUGCUGAUAUAGUAAUUAUCCUGUUAAAAGGAUCACUGCUAAUUAAUUUGGAGUGUACUGAGCUUGCUAGAACAUUCUAAAUUCAUCAGCACAAAAAUUGCAAGGAUGUACUUUUUUAAAACUUGCUAUUUCAAAUCCUCAUUCAGCAGCAAACUGCCUACUAGACUCAGCCUGCAGCAAAUGCAAGAUCCCCUGGGGUCAGCAGUACAGAGACUGGUUACAGCAGGAAUAUUUCACAGCAAACUCUAUUUCCUGGUCUUCAGGCUGUUCAAUUUUAAACAGCAGUAAAGCUUCUAAUCACAUUUAUGGUGCUAAGAACUCACUCCAGUGUUAGGUGUUUACAAGAUCCCAUCCUCAUUCACUCACAGACGAUAUAGGCCAGAUCCUCUUCACAUUUACAAUAAAGUAGAUUUGGACUUCCUUUUUUUCCUCCCCACUAUUGCAGUGAUGGCAAUCAGAUUGCUUAAAACCAAAAGAAAAUCGAGACUAACAAAGCAGUAUUAUAAAUUCCCACUUGGGUACAGAAAGGAAUCACACCAGAUAGCAGCAGGAGUGACAUGCAGCUCCCUCUGCUUCACUGAGAAGCCUGGAAAUGGCAAUUAUAAAGUCUAGUAACUUGUAUGUUUUGGGCAGAGCAGCAAACCCCCGUUGCAAGCCCUUCUCGGUUUCCUGUUGCAAAUGUUUGGAGCAGGACUGCAGCUUUGUGUUUUGCAGCAGGCUGUUGGAGGCAGCUGAAGCAGCAGCUGGCUGUGGGGAGCCCUGGUGCCAUCCCACAGCCUUCCAGAACUCUGCACAAGGCAAGGGGUAGACUGGAUUCACCUGAAGAUCUGCCAGAAUCUGUGGUGUACCCAAAGAUGUCAUGCUUGCUCUGCAGGAAAAGCUGCAGUAAACCUUCAAAUGGGGAAAAUUCAAGCCUCCAAAAUGGAAGAACUUCAGAUCAUUUAUCUUAAACGUUAUUUACUCAAGUCAGGAGAACACAUUAAUAAAUCUGUUCUGCAAAUAGAUACCUGACCAUUUACUGUUAUUUAUUCUGGUUGUUCCUGCCUUGUUCUUCUAAAUUAUUCCAUAUUAAACCUCACUAAAAUGUUUUACCACUUGUCUUUUCCUGAGCUAAAAUGUAUUCCUCCUUUCUUUUGGACAUUGGCUUAAAUAAGAUCAUAGCCCUAAGCAGGAAAAACAACAAACAACAGCGAUGAUUUUAUUGCAUUCCUGUUGGUAUUUGUACUGUACUAUGUUCUCUGUGACCAUGUGGAAAUGGAAGAAAAUGUGCAAUUACUUUAAAAAAAUUCCAACAGCAUUUUGCAAAUAAAAGGCAGUUACCUCAGGCAUAGCUGCCAAUUUAUUAUGUGAGAGCUGACUGUUAUAUGUUCCUAUUAAUUAUAUCUUCCACAUGCUGCUUUUCCUUUCCAUGCUUCGUAAGUUAAUUACUUAGGCCAGAUUCUGACUGCUGCUAUUGCUUUGAAAACCCACAAGCAACUGCAGCUAAUUUCACUCUGUUCUGGAUAGGUUCUUUAUUCAGAACCUUUGCCUCCAAGUAUUCAAGUCACACUGCAAUCCCCGAGAGGAUGUGUUCAAUAUCUGGACACAGGAGGCAUUUUAAAUACACACACAAAUACAUACGUGCAUUAAGAUACCCUCUCACACACCUGGCAAUGCCCAAUAUGCAGCUUUUAUUUCUAUACCAAUGUGUGAAUCUGCCUGUAAAGAUGCUCUGCACAUGCCUCCAAAACAGAAAAUACCUAAGCAUUACAAUUAUCUUGAAACUUAAAUAAUAAGCAUACCAUACUCUGAAUAAAAGACAGAUUAAAAAAAAAAAAAGUUCCCUGGAAUAUAUUCUUUCCAUGCAGAUUUCCCCAGUUGAAUGAAAUGUACCCAAGCAUUAGUUUCCCCUCAAAAAUAAAGUUUUUUAGGUGAGCAUUAGAACAUAACACCAGCACAAG